AUGGACCUGAAGAUCAUCCUCAGUGCUGUUGUUGCAGUUGCAACAUGUCUGAUGAAUAUGGGCAUAAACGCCGGGGAAAUAUACCAUAACCCAAGACACCAAUGCAUUCCUCCUCUAGUUCGACUUUGGCAGCCCACAACCUACACAGUUCAAGGAGUCAUUAUAUGCACCACCAUUUGUUACCACACGAGCUGCUUAUUCUUCGAAUUCUCAGAGACGGAUGGAUCUUGCAACAUUUAUGGGAUGGGGAUGGAACCUGGGAAUGCCUAUGUGAAAACUGAAGCCGCAGCGCCUCCCCCAGGAGGACCUCUCGAGGAGAAGGCUAGAAAUAAAACAACUUACCCCGUGUCGUCGCUAGAGCCUUCUUACAAGGCAGUUGACAACAAUUUGGUGAGCUUUUGGGAGUACGCAUGGUUGAAGCCUUGGUGGAUGGUUGACCUCGGGGCUUUUUAUUUCAUCCACCAAGUUAGCACCCUGUCAAGACCGGAGCCUCUCCAGUAUCGGUACGAACAAGUGGAGGUUCGAGCUGGUCCAGAGUUGAGAACGGACGGGAUUCUGAGCCAGUGGGAAUUAGUGGGAUAUUACCCAUCAAGCCUCAGUGGGAAGCCUGCUCUCGUGUUCUUCAACAACACCCAAGGGGUCUGUGGACGCUUCGUCUCCGUGCAGCGAGUCAGCGCUAUGAAUGAUGCUUUUGCUCUUGCUAACGUCGAGGUUUACGUUCGCAAGAAUGUGUAAUAUCAAGAUGUUUAAGCUUGCAAAGAUGGAAAAGUCAGAAUAAUUAAUGAAAACUAUACCCUUUUUUUUUUUCAUGUGUCCACCCGCCUGAGGUGUUUGCGUAUGGUAACACUGCGUCCCGGACUUUAAAUAGUUACGCUAAUUGUAGGUUUUAGGUAAAUAAAAGGAUAUCUGGGUGUACAUUUGCAAUUGAAAAGUGUUUUAAUAAUUUACUGUAUGCGAAUUACACCGUUAAUAUUCGAAAUAGGAUAUUGUUAUUAUUGUUGAAUGUAAGCCGAAUGUAAAUCUAAAGCCCGGGACGCAGUGUUACCAUACGCAAACACCAAAGGCGGGUGGACAGAUGGAAAAAAACCGAGUAUAGACAUACAGAAUAGGGAAACAACCGAGUGGACUAGCUGAUCCAGUCUUGCCCGCUUGUUGAUCCACCCUCCGAAAAAGUACUUUUGCUUACUUCGAAAGGAGAGUAGAGGUUUUGAGGUGUUGUUCCCACCACUGAUGACUCAUGACUGGUGCCCAUCUCCGGUGUCAGGACGUGUUAAAGUACUUUUUCGAAGGGUGGAUCAAC